AUGUCUGAUGAACCUGAAAUAAAACCUACAUGUAACGACUCCAUACCAUCACACGUGUCUUCAAAAUCGGACGAUGACGCUGACCAGAAGGAUGCUACCAACAAGUCUCGCGGGAACCUAGCUGAAGACGACGCCCUAGACUGGCUCAAACCGCGGACUCUCAUCAAGCCUGAUGACCAGGAAGAAGUGCCCGAAGCUGAUUUGGAAGAAGAAGUAGGUCGCAUUCUGACCACGAUCAACCCUCAAUGGGUCGCUGAUGAAGUAGCGUACCACUAUGGGAAAGGGAAGUUUAUGGUUAAGCCGAAACCGACGUACGGGAAGGCGUACCCGUUGUACGUUCAUCAGGGCACGGCUAUACGGAAGGAUUCUGAUGAGGCCAAAGCUCAGAUUGCUGCUGGAUAUGGUAUGGUCAGUUUUGAUGACGCUGGACCGAAAAGAGUGAAAGUCAAGAAGACGAAAACUGAAGAAGAGGAGGAAGAGGAACCAGAACAAGAACCGGUUGCUACAGAAGAGGCUAAAGGAGAUGAGGAUCAAGUCCAGGAAGAAGAGAAGGCUGCAGCCCCUGAUGAAGCACCGGAGGAGAAACCAGCAGAAGCAGCCGCAGAGGAGCCUAAAGCAGAGGAAGAAGCAGUCGCUGCUGAAGAGGGACAGGAAGCUGAAGAGAAGGAAGCGGGACAAGACGAUCAAAUGCUGCAAGAUGAAUAUCUCGACAUUAAGCCUCGAGUGAAGAAGCUGGCCAAUCAGUUCAACUUCUGCGAGAGAGCAGCUCUCACAUACACCUACCCUAGACGGUCUGUGGAGACCCAAACAAUCCCGCCGCCCAGAGCCAACUUCGGGGCUACAGCGCUCCAAUGCAUUAUAUUCGACUACUAUCAAGAAGAUUAUGCCAGGAAAAUGAAAGAAAAAGAAGAAGAAAAGCCUAAAAGGCUGCGAAAAAAGAAAACCAAACACGUGAAGUCGGAGCAGCAGAUCCAUGAUGAACGACUGGCGCAGAGGAUUCGAGAAGCCUGGGCCAUACUUGAGAGGCUCGUCAACCAGAACAUUUACGAUGACAUUGCCCAAGAUUACCGAUACUGGGAUGAUCCAUCAGACGAGUUCCGUGAAGGUAUGGGCUCUUUGCUGCCUCUGUGGAAGUUCCAAUUUGAUCCUGUGCGGAGCCACGCCGUCUGUGAUGUGCAGUGGAACCCACACUAUCAAGAUCUGUUCGCGGUCGCUUAUGGAUCGUUGGACUUUACAUUACAACAGAAGGUGGGUUGCCUCUGCCUGUACAGCAUCAAGAACCCAGCAUACCCGGAGUACGCCGUGAUCACAGAGUCGCCUGUCAUCUGCCUUGAUGUAUACAAGGAAAUACCCUACCUUAUCUGUGUUGGAUUGUACGAUGGCAACGUGUGCGUAUAUAAUGCUCAGUUAUCACUAGAGUCCUCUUAUCAGUACAAAUCUAACUCAGUGCGGGAUAAACACAGCAACAUAGUGUGGGAGAUUCGCUGGGGACCACGCCUGAUCGAUGGAGAGCCCUCAUUCUUUUCUAUAUCUGGUGACGGACGCGUAGUGCAAUGGGCGGUGAUGCCGGGAGAGCUACAGGCCACAACCAUCAUCACGCUGACCUCCAACGUACCACCAAUACCGGGACCCGACGGGACCAUGCUCACUGUUAACAGUUGCGGUAGCUGCAUCUGUUUCCACCCUGAGAGGACGGAGAUCUUCAUGGUGGGCACAGAAGACGGUAUGAUCCACACCUGCUCCCUUAAGUAUAACCGGAACUACGUGCGCUCCAUCCAAGGGCAUCACAUGCCCGUCUACAGGAUACAUUACAACAACUAUAAUAACAGCAUCUACGCCUCAUGUUCUGGUGAUUGGAGAGUCAAGAUUUGGGAGGAUGGGAGGGAUGAGCCCCUAUUCAUGUUCGAGCUUGGGUCUCCAGUGGGUGACGUGAAGUGGGCUCCAUACUCCAGCACCGUGUUCGCAGCCUGCACUGCUGAUGGAAAGGUGUACGUUUACGACCUGAACGUGGACAAAUACAGGCCGAUAUGUGUGCAAGCAGUAGUCUCGAAGAAGACAAAGAAACUCUCCAGGGUUGAUUUUAACUCGAAACUGCCAGUCAUCGUUUGCGGAGAUACGAAGGGCACGUGUCACGUACUCAAGUUAUCACCGAAUUUAAGAGUAAUGUGUAAACCGCCCAAAAAAGCCCAAGGAAUUGACCAACGAACACUACAGAUAAUGAAACUGGACAAACUCCUAAGUUUAGUCCGCGACCCGCCAUUCCAAACCGGAGUAGUCGAUGAGAAGUUUGAAGACGACUGAAACCGCAAAUGCCCACAAAAUGUAUUCCUAGCUAUACUUAAUAAAUAAUUUCUAAAAUAAAACACAUAUUUAUUUGUAUUUGUAUUAAUUAUUCUAAUAAAGCUUUGAAAUUAAAUUUUAAACUUAAUCUAAUACAAUGAAAAGUGCUCAAAAAGACAGGCACGUUGAAAAUGCACUUUAGGAUAAACUCUCAAAACGAAACAACGCCAUUUUGAAUGGACGCCAUUUUUCUUAAUGGCCUGUACAUAGACGCGAGUUACAACGCUGGACCAUAAUAAAUUAAUAAAUAAAAUAAAAAAACCACGCUGUACCAUAAACGCUAUACAAACAUUUUAGCAAUAAAAACAACUCCAUAGCUGCCAUGCAAACUAAAAUCACCCUUAAAAUCAUAACAGUAAGUAGACGUACUAUCUUCGUAUCUGACGUGAUAUCGGUCCUUAGAAGCCAUUGUGAAAUAAAGAUCAUAGAUUUUAUGUGAGACUAGAAUAAUAUCAAAAGAAUGGCCACUCACUAUUUGUAUUAAUUUUGACAAGUCUACUAAGAUCACAAGAAUUCCAAAAUUUGUUUUAAUAUAUUAUUAAAAAUAAUUAAAACUAUGCUAGAUAAUUAAAUUUCAUUUUAUAAGUAGUUAUUAUUACUACUUACUUUUAUUUCAUACUCUUUUUAUAAAUAAUCUCUUAGAUUUUUAUUCUUAUCUACGUUAUUGAUAUCUCAAAAUAUUUUUUUAUGUAACAAUUUAGUUGUGAUCAUAUUUAAUCUGUAUUUAUAUACAAAAACAGCAUUUUCAUAUAUUAAACAAUUUGAAACACGUCGUAUUCUUUCAAAAUCAACCGAAUUACUUUCUAGACAUUUUAGUUCAUAAUUAAUAUUUCGAUUUCCUACAAAAUAGAAGUAAAUAUGCCGAUUAAAAUUAAUUGUAAAAUCUCUUAACUUAAAUACAGCUACUUAUUUACCGAUGCCUUAAAACUAGUGACUAGUACUCACGUAAUUGCAUUUACGUGAACAGCUCACUCAAAAACAAUUAAAAAACAAAUAACAAUAAACGCGAUCACGAGAUUACUUUGUUCAAGAGACAACUUAUUUGAUAAAAUGCCAUAAUAGUUUUAACAAUAAACUUUUUUGUGUCCCUAUAUUAUUGUAUAGUGUUAAUGACUAGUGUAGAACAAUGUUUUGUGCAAGUCUGCAGUUUUACUAACUUAAGGAUAAAGUAACUUAGGACCAAGUUUGUCGCACCUCUCCACUGCGUUGGAACCUAAUUUCAGAUCCAGGAAAGCUCUAGCGUCGUUCGGAGCUGGUGCUUGUCGACCCGCAAAAGUUAUCUG